CUUCAACGGGAAAAAGCUGUCAGCUCCAGGCGUGUGUCAUUUUCAUUUAAAACAUAAGGACAUUUCUUAUUGGAUAUGUCACGUAUCAUAAAAUUACUUGUGUUCCUACUGUUAUGUCAAUGGAUCCACCGUGGUUCAAGCUCUACCAUGGCUAAAGCAAUUUCAUCCGAGUUCCAAUGGCGCCACCGUCGUGCAGAUACACCAAUAAAGUGCAACUCUUGGUCUUCAUUGGUAAACCAGAACCAUCCAAUUGGUAACGGCGAUUCUGACGAGGAGCAGAUAACUCAACAAGAACUGGAUAGAUCUUGUCCAUCUUCAGUCGGCAGAGUUACAGGAUUCCAGUGCAUGGAUGACAGGAACGAACCGUUUGCUAAUAAGAUAAAUCAGACUUCGAAUGGGGGACUGUUUGUAUUCACGUGCAAUGAUGUUCAUCAAGGUUUAAAAUGCUGGGUUACUGAUAAGGUUAACGGCAAAUGUCCAGAUUUCAGCGUUCAGUUCUACUGCAAUUGUUCCCAAACAGGAGAUCCAACCAUGAGGAGUAUUAUACCCUCCACUACAAUUACAUUAUCCACUGCAACUGAUGAGUUUCGUACAACUUAUCUAUCUACUACAGAAACGCAAUCAAUUACAAUUCUACCUUCAACUACAUCAUCACAUUCAACUACUACCCAUGUCACUGAACAUCGACCUUCGUCUAAGAAAACAACGCUUCCAAUGCAACAGCCGCUAUAUAAUUUGACAAAAACAGAAAUGCCAUCUGUUCAUAAUAAUACUAAUUUAUCACAUUGGGCGUAUUAUUUAACUUCUCAGUUCACUUCUAAAAAACUGUUUACGAAAAACCAUCAGUCUUCUAAAACAAACGACACUCAAUCUGGAGUGCACCAGAAUCACAUUUCAAAUGCGGGCGAUAUGCAGCCCCUAGAUGCCUCACAACAUGCGACCGCAAAAGAUGAAGACAGUUCCACCUGGAUGAGGUUUCGAUGGAGCUGGCUGGUCAUACUUUUCUGUCUGAUGAUUCUGCUGUCGAUUGUAAACGUUUUGCUGACUAUUUGCCUUUAUAAGAGGGCUAUGCAUAGAAGAACGAGCCCUUUGAUGAACACACAGCCACCCAUUGUGUUAGACAACUGAUUUUGUAUUAAAAUAAUUCCGUGAUAAAUUGUUUCAUAAGCAAUCUGCUUUCAUGGAAACUUCUUUUCAUUGUGUGGUUAUAGGUCAUAUGCCCCUUAUUUCGUUUUAUGAUUUUAAAUGAAGAUUUUAUGUAUGCAUGCAUUCAUGCCAAUUACUAUGGUUAAUUCUUUAUUAAGGUAUCUAUUUAAAAGUGUUUUAUUUAAGUAAUUAAGGUAAUAAAAACGGAAAAAGGCAUACCGAACAGAAUUUAAACGGAA